UGGCCAGGCUCGCGGCACAGCGGGAAGGGGCCGCGCAGCACCGCGCCAAGUCGCGCAGGGAGCAGAUCCAGGGGAGCACGGGGCAGGGAGCAGCAAAAAAAGCAGAGCUGGCAGGAGCACAGGGCAAGGAGCAGAGCUGCAGGUCCGGCAGGAGCGCGGGGAGCAGAGAGCAGCGCAGGCAGAGGAAGAGGAUGGGAGUGGCAUUCGAGGAGGGGGAGGCGCUAACCUGUGGCGCACCUGCCAAAAAAGGCUGGCCCUCCGCUGUUCAGGCCGUGCCCUAACACUAGGAUAGGAGCUGUUCUCCCUCCCUUGAAUGAGCCAAAUUCCUUUCUACAAAGCGGGUUCCCAUCCCGGGAUGGUGUACAGCGUGCUGGUUAAGGGACGUAAUGGGACAUGAAGGUGUGAAGCCCUUGGCGCCGAGGAGGGGAUUGGACAUGGGAUGCCCACACCCCUGAGUUACAGUUCACUUCCAGCACCAGCCCGCUCCCUCUUUGAAGCUCAUCCUAAAUGACCUGCCCAAGGACAUUCAGCACUGAAAGCUCCGAGUAACUUGCCUGAUGACUGGACAUACCAGGACUGCUCCAAAAAGGCAUCAUGAUAUUACAUCAGCAGUUAAUACUUCUCAUAGGAACAUCAUUGUUAGCAAGAGAAAUCUUUGCAUCAACGAGCUGCUUUUCAAAACACCAAAUUUCCAUGUAUUAUUUCUGCAACCUCACAGAGAUUCCACUUGUCCCCAGUGACACUGUUAAAUUUCUGCUAAGUUUCAAUAACAUCAAGCAAGUGAAUGCAAACUCCUUCCCUCUUCUAGAGCAGUUACUGCUUUUAGAAAUAGGAUUACAGUUUACCCAUAGUGUUACAAUAGGGAAAGCAGCUUUUGAGAACCUGCCAAACCUUCAAGUUUUAGAUUUAGGAGCCAAUAGGCAUCUUUAUCUGGAUCCUGAUGCUUUUGUGAGUUUAUCAAAUUUAACUGUUCUCCGGCUCUUUGGCAAUGCUCUUGGGGAUUACAUUCUGCAAGACAACUAUUUUCAAGAUUUGAUUUCUUUAGAAGAUUUGGAUCUUUCUUCAAACAGGAUCACGAGCCUUCGUCCUCAUCCCUUGUUUUACAAUCUAAAAUCCUUGAAAAGGGUGAACCUGAAAUACAACUGGAUACAGAUCUUGUGUGAAGGAAACCUUGAUAGCUUCCAAGGAAAAACCUCUUUAAUAUUUAGUCUCAAUUCUAAUCAUUUAUAUUACUCAAGUUCAGUGGACUGGGCCAAAUGUGGAAAUCCUUUAAGAAAUAUUAACCUGGACACACUGGAUGUUGGUAGCAAUGGCUGGCAUGUAGAUAUAGUGCGAAACUUCAGCACAGCUGUAGAGGGAACGUCAAUUACUUUUCUGAAACUCGACCACCACAUAAUGGGUAUGGGAUUUGGGUUUGUGAAUAUCAAAGAUCCAGACAACUCCACAUUUGCAGGGCUAGCAAGAAGUGGCCUUCGUUUGCUUGAUAUUUCACAGGGUUUUAUUUUCUCUCUCAACCCUGGUGUUUUUCAAAAACUCACUGAUUUGGAAUGGCUGAACCUUUACAACAACAAGAUAAAUCAGAUCCAAAAGGGAGCAUUUUUUGGCCUGGGAAAGCUAAACUUUCUCAAUCUAUCAUAUAACCUUCUGGGGGAGCUGUAUGAUUUCACUUUUGGGGGGCUUCGUAAUGUAGCCAUUAUCGAUUUGCAAAAAAAUCAUAUUGGGGCGAUUAGGGAGAAUUCAUUCAAGGACCUACUAAGAUUAAAGAUGGUGAAUCUCCGUGAUAAUGCUAUUAAAAUGAUUCCUUCUCUCCCAACCCUGACCACUGCUUAUUUAGGAGAAAAUAAGUUAGUAUCUGUAAGAUACCGAAUAGCUGCCAUGUACCUUGACUUGGAAAAAAACAGGUUGGAAAACUUGGGUGACUUGUACAUUCUUUCCCAAAUUCCAGAUAUUCAGUAUAUCUUUUUAAAACAAAAUCGUUUCUCAUACUGUGUAAAACCUGAUAAUGUUACGGCAAACAGCCAGUUAAUCUACUUGGAUCUUGGAGAAAAUAUGAUAAAGCUUGUGUGGGACAGAAAUUUAUGUCUGGAUGUGUUCUGGGCACUUUCCAAACUUCAGGUCCUUCACCUGAACAACAACUACCUUACUACCCUUCCACAGGAUAUAUUUAGGGGCCUAGCAUCACUAAACAGACUCAACCUAGCCUCCAACCUGUUGUCUUACCUCUCUCCUGGUGUUUUUCCUGAGAGCCUGAAGAACCUUAACAUAUCUGGAAACCAACUUCUUUCUCCUGACCCUGGUGUCUUCAUGACUUUGAGCAUCCUGGAUAUAACACACAACAGGUACUUCUGUGAUUGCACUUUAAGCAACCUGCUGUUGUGGUUAAAUACAACCAAUACGACUUUAGCUGGUUCACAGGAUGACAUAUACUGUGUACACCCACCUGCUUUUGCAGGGGUUCCACUCUCUUUAUUGUUAUUUGAUGGUUGUAAUGAAGAUGAAAUCCUGAAGCCUCUACAGUUUGCAGUGUUCAUCUUCACCUCAGUUGUUCUGGUAAUGUUCAUAACAGCUGUCAUCGUUUUUAUUCACCUUCGGGGGACUUGUUUUGUCUGGUAUAAGACAAUUACGAGAAUUUUGGUAGAUGACCUUCGUCAAGCACCAGAUGCAAGUGCAUAUAUAUAUGAUGCCUAUCUAUGCUACAGCAGAAAAGACUUUGAAUGGGUUCAGAAUUCUUUACUAAAGCACCUGGAUUCUCAGUAUUCUGACAAAAACAGAUUCACUUUGUGCUUUGAAGAAAGAGAUUUUCUGCCAGGUGAAGAUCAUAUUAGUAAUAUCCGUGACGCUAUUUGGAACAGCAGAAAGACGAUCUGCAUUGUGACAAGGCAGUUUCUCAAGGAUGGGUGGUGCGUAGAAGCCUUAAAUUUUGCCCAAAGCAGAUACUUCUGUGAUCUGAAAGAUGUCCUCAUUGUGGUGGUGGUUGGGUCACUUUCUCAGUAUCAGUUGAUGAAAUACAAACCAGUUAGAGUCUUCAUGCAAAGGAGUCAAUACAUGCGAUGGCCUGAGGACCAUCAGGAUAUAGGCUGGUUUUUAAAUAACCUGUCUCACCAAAUUCUUACAGAAAAAAAAGUGAAAAAGAAAUCUAAUGUUAUGGAACUGCAAUCUAUUUUGACAAUCUCAUAGCUGAAAAAGCUAUUCAUUAGGGGUGUGCAAAGCGGGCCCUAUUUGAUUCGGAUUUGGAUUUGGCCCAAAUUGGGGAUGGUGAUUCGAUUAAUUGAUUCAGAUUACUGUCCCCGAUUCGAUGCGGCCGAAUCCAAAUCUGAAGAUUCAAUGCCAAUUCAGAGAAUCGACGAUUUGGACAUACAGAGUUUUAAAUGUUUUUUCUACAUACAGCAAGGUACCAGAGCGGCUCGUGAAUGCUGCGAUGCUGGGGCAGAUGGAGUGUCCCACGGGAACAUGGGGGGUCCCCCCAUGUGCUCGGUGGCAAACCCAGGAGUGGACCGGCGGUAUUUCCAGUCCACUUCUGGAUCUGCUGGGGAGUGCACUGGGGGUCCUCCCCCCGUGCCACCCUGGCUCAGUGAUCAGCCAUAUGGGGACCCCAGGUGCCCCCUCAGAUGCAGGAGGCACCUGUCGCUAAGCUGGGAGGGGGUACGGGGAGGCCCAGCACGUUCUCCAGUAGACCUGGAAGUGCUUCUGGUCCACUUCCAGGUCUGCUGCUAAGCACGCUGGGGAGCCCCCUGUGCUCCCCUGGGACACCACUAUCUGUCAUUAUAUUGCUUUGUAGAUCUUUCAGCAGGCACGUGUGGAGCAUGGGGUACCUUACUUUAUUAUGACCUCUUCUUGCAUCAUUUGAAACAACAAACUACCUCAGGGAUAUGAAGGCUGUCAUCAAUAGGCAUUUCUCACAGCCAUCAUUGGAGCAGGUGUCCCCAGCUUGUGCCCACCUUUGAAAGGGGAAAAUAAAUUGUUUCAGUGUCAUUUGA